GAUGAACUAGGGUUUCGAUUUAGUGCGGCGACGAGGAGAUGAGGAAGAGCAAAAGACGAUGAAAUCUAUUAGGUUUCGUUGGUAAUCAAUGGUCUAGGGCUUGGAUUAUGGUGGACAAUGACGACAACAAACCGACGACGAAAUCAACAAAUAGAUGGCCGGAAAUUGUCAUCGUUGUGACCUACUCUACUAAGCCACUUAGCAUACUGAUCAUGGAUGCAGAAGGGAUACCUUUGGAGCCAGACAAAAUGAAGGAACAGCCUCUUUCAGCGAAAGAUGAGAGGUCAGUUUCUCCUAAUGCUUCUAAGGAUGCUGGAAUUGGUCAUUCAAAGGACAUUGCUGAUCAAUUGGGACCUCUUGGUUCAUGUGGAGAUCACCAUCUCUACCCAUCUAAUAUCUAUGCUCCUCAGGCGCAGGCCAUUUACUAUAAAGGUUUUGAAAAUGCUCCUGGUGAAUGGGAUGAAUACCCUUCAUAUGUUAAUGCUGAGCGGUUGGAUAUUGGAUCUCCUGGCAUCUACAAUGAUAAUCCUUCUCUUUUGUUUCAUACUGGUUAUGGCUAUAGUCCACAAAUGCCAUAUGGACCGUAUUCCCCAGUUACAACACCUUUGCCUUCUGUUGGGCGAGAUGCCCAAUUAUACUCCCCUCAGCAGUAUCCAUUCUCUGGGCCACCAUAUUAUCAGCAUCUAGUUCCUCCUAGCAUGCAAUAUAUCACCCCACCAACUCCAGUUUCACAACCAGUGCUGAACUCAGUGGUGAGUAUUGACCAACAAGUUGAUGGAAUGCUCUUGGGGCCGAGACCUAGUUAUCCCUCCCCGGUGACAUCUUUUGGCAGAGGCAACUUUUCUGGAAAUCCUGGAGGUUUUGGUUUUCAUGAUUUGCAGCAAGGAUUUGAUGCAUUCAGAACUAGUGGACUUUGGUCAGAUUGGUCAAAACCGUCAGACAGACAGAGGGCUCUCACUCCAUUUUCGCCUGCAGUAUCUCCCCAACCAAUUGGCAAUCUUGGGUCAUUUGGACAAAAUGUCGGAAUGGGUUCUCAACAGCCAAGAUCAUUCUUUGGGUUUGGAUCUGGUUCAAAUUCUUGUAACAGAGGCCACCUGCACACCGAUUUUAAUCAGGGCCUUGGCUUUGGAAGUGCAUCAAUUUCCAGUUUGGGCACAAAUGAUAGGGGUUGGCUUGCUUUUGACUAUGGCAGACGUCAUGGAAGGGGUGAUGGUUCUUUAUGCAAUUGUAAUAGCGCACUCGAUAUUCUUAGUGAGCAAAACCGUGGACCGAGGGCCUCAAAACCUAAAAGCCUUAUCACCAAUGAAAAUAGUGCAUCUGCUGAUAGUAACAAAUACAGCUCAUCUACUGCAAAGACACGUGAUGAGUCUUACAACUGCCCGAAUUUUGUCACAGAGUACAAGGAUGCUAAGUUCUUCAUCAUCAAAUCAUACAGUGAAGAUAAUGUCCACAAGAGUAUUAAGUAUGGUAUAUGGGCCAGCACACCAAAUGGAAACAGAAAAUUAGAUGCUGCUUACCGUGAAGCAAAGGAGAAGAACACGUGUCCUGUUUUUCUUUUUUUCUCGGUGAAUGCUAGUGCCCAGUUCUGUGGAGUGGCUGAAAUGGUUGGACCAGUAGAUUUUGACAAGAGUGUCGAUUACUGGCAGCAAGACAAAUGGAGUGGUCAGUUCCCUGUCAAAUGGCAUAUAAUCAGAGAUGUUCCAAACAGCCAGUUUCGUCACAUUGUGCUCGAAAAUAAUGACAAUAAGCCAGUAACCAACAGUCGAGACACGCAGGAGGCUAAAUUGGAGCAAGGAAUUGAAAUGCUGAAGAUUUUCAACAAUUAUGAAAGUAAUAUGUCCAUCUUAGAUGAUUUUGAGUUCUACGAAGACAGGCAAAAAGCCAUGCAAGAAAGGAAGGCCAGGCAGCAGCAGCAGCCUAGCUUGGUGGUGGGUGUUGGGGAAAGUGCAGGAAAUGUUGUUACAACAACAUUAUCUAGCAAUUUCAUCCAACAGAUAUCCAAGAGUUUUGCUCAGGUUGUCCACUUGGAGGACUAUGCUAAAGAAGGCUCAGAUUCAGUAUCAGUGACUGAGAGAACCACUGGUACUGCAUCAGAUGCCUCCAUGACCAACGGACAUAAACUUGAAAAUGCUACUACUGUGGUGUCCUCAACUAGUAAGACCAGCUAAAGGGUCCCUAUAAGGCUUGCUGUUAAUAUAUGUGACACACCACUUUUGAUCAUGCCUCUUUCUUGUUUUUUAGAUCAUCUAGUGAGGAGGGUGUCCUCUGUUCUCAGAAUUAUUGGAGGGCAUCAGUGGCUUGAUAAUGGCGCUUGUAUAUUAUAUACCUGCUGAAUGUCCCUUUUUAUUGUAAUUUUAGCUUUUAUUUCUUUGUUUCUUAUUCUUAUUAAUUUUAUAUUUCUUUCUGCCU